UGUCAUUUAUUGACAGUGACGUGACGUAACAAUAGAUAUUGCGAAUUCCAUUACCUAUAGAUUUUUGUUUUCCGUUUUUUCUAUAAAUUAAGUUGCUGGUUGCUACACAAUCCUCAUAAAUAUGAACAGUUUAUUCCGCAGAAAUAUUAUUCCUAUCUACAGUAACAUUACCAAAUUAUCAUGUCGCUAUUUAGCCGAUGCUCCAGUGAAGGAGAAAAUUGAUAAAAUUGUGAAAAAUAACAAGGUUGUAGUAUUUAUGAAAGGUGUUCCAGAUGCACCUAGAUGUGGCUUUAGCAAUGCUGUUGUUCAAAUUAUGAGAAUGCAUGCUGUGCCAUAUGAAAGUCACGAUGUUUUAGCGGACGAAAAUAUUCGGCAAGGAAUAAAGGACUACUCAAACUGGCCUACAAUCCCUCAAGUUUUCAUUAAUGGUGAGUUUGUUGGUGGCUGUGACAUAAUGCUGCAGAUGCACCAAUCUGGUGAAUUAGUGGAAGAAUUGAAGAAAGUUGGCAUCAAAAGUGCAUUACUUACUGCUGAAGAAGCAAAGGUUGAGGAAAAAAAGUAAAAUAUUCUAUUUUGAAUAGGUUAUAAAAUGUUAUGUUAGGUAAUGAAUUCUUUAGGCCUGUUGUACAAUUGUUGAAAUAUAAUGAUCAAAAUCAUCAGAUCUUCUUUUCUUAAAUUUAAUGUAUUUUAAAAAUUAGGAAUAGCAACUUACUUAAUUGUGGAUAUAAUUUAAAUCAAUGAAUAGCUUAUCACAAAGACUGUACAUAUCUAACCUUGACAAAGCUAUCAUGGUUGCUAAAAAUCUCAGAAUGAAUGUUAUCAUACUCAAAAUAUAGUUUGUCCAUGUUUUAUGCAGACAUGUUGUUUGUCUUUAAAAACAAAUUACACAUCCAUGAGUUAAUUUUGUGGUUUAAUUAACAAGCAUGGAGCUGCUUACUUAUCAAAUUGUUGCAAAUAUUAUUUAAUAUAAUGUUGAUUUAUGAAGAGAAUAUUAUCUUUGAACAUUGACAUUAUUGCUAUGGUUUAAGUAGGUGCAUACCUAAUAAGAAAUAGUUUUGAUUUUUUCAAAGCAUUGAAUUAUAUUUUAUGAAAGUACAUGAUUAGAUGUAUUUUAUGUGAAUUUGUAUAGGUAGUAUGUAAUUCUCGAAAAUGAGUAAUUAAAUAAACAUGUUCUGUAUUUAA